CAGGACAUCCUUUGAAGCGCGGACUAAAUGCUCAAUAAGAGUCUUUAAAUUGUUUCAAAUAACAGCUAUUUUGCGGACCGUUUCAUUAUCAUACCGUAAACCCGUCGCUUGAAUGGAAAGCACUUGUCGCGGAAUGUUUUGUUAGUGAGGAGUAAAGAAUGUGCGACAUGCAAAAUGAACACGACACAAAGGUAUGGAAAUUACAGCUUUGGGGACAAUUUCUUUUUCUUAUCGUCGUCCGGAGUCAGUCGUAAGAAGGGAGAGUCUCAAAGAUGGAGCGCGUAUUUUCUGCUCCCGACCUGCGCCUAGCUCGGGCCACAGGUGUCAGAUCGCAGGCCUGCCCGAAUGAGUGGGGGCGGAGGCACUACCACUCGUCGGCUAACAUGGCGGCCGCGUCGGGCCCUGACGGGGUGGAUUUUCCGGAGGAGCUGCGCUGCCCGGUGUGUCUGGAUGUCUUCUCGGAGCCGCUGUUUCUGCCCUGCUGUCACAACCUGUGUAGGGAGUGUGUGAGGGGGUUGAUAGAAUCCCGUGGGGGUACGGCCUACGGCGUACAUAUGUUCCCCUGCCCGGAAUGUCGAUACGAUGUGGUCGUUCGAUCCGUGGACUCUCUCCAGAGAAACCUGGUGCUACAGCAGAUGGUGGAGCGGUGCAAGCAGGGGAGGCUGGCGGCGCAGUCCUCGGGGGCACACGCGAGGGGCCCCGAGGUGCCCACCUGCCAGGACCACGCUGACGAGGCCCUGGAGCUGAAGAUGUUUUGCGACCCCUGCGAGCGGCCUGUUUGCUACAAGUGCAUGGCGUACGACCACAAGAACCACACCCUCUUACAACUAGAAGACGCUUGGUCCAGAAGAAAGGACGCGUUCACAAGAAACAUCGAGAUCUUAAGAACAAAAACCGAGAGUGUGGAAAACUUUAUGGAGAAGUUACGGACCAUCAGUGAAAGAGUAGAGACAAACGCAUCGCAGCGGAAGCACAUGGUGACGGAGGGUUGCGAUGCGCUCAUCUCCGUCAUCCAGCAGCGGAAGAACGCCCUGCUGGACGAAAUCUCGCGAGAAGAAGACGAGAGGCGGGAAAGUCUGGACCAACAGAUGACCAGCUGUACUCAGGAGCUGGACAAGGUCAAGGAGGUUUUAGACACAGCUCAGGAACUCCUGGAAAAGGGUGCCCCGGCGAAAUGUCUUCAGACUGCCAAGACACUUAAGGACCGGGUGAAAGGCCAGGCUAUGGACCAUUUAUCCCUGUACCCCGUCACCAGCGAGCAUCUGACACCGCUGGACUUUGACGUCUCACAGUACAUAGACACACUCAUCAGACUAGACUUCCAGAGAGGUAGUCCAGAACCCGAAGUUGUAGAGGAAGAGAACCAGCGUCAGUCUUUAGCGCAGAGGCUGCCGGGAUUCUUCAAGAGAAAGAGUCGAAAAGGCGUGGGGCUGCAGUUCGAGCUGGACCCGAAGACGGCACACAAGUACAUCCGCAUCUCCAACAACAACUGCACGAUGAGCUACGACCCGGACAGCCUGCCGACCCGUCGCACCUUCGAUACACCCCACCGCUUCAGCAAGCACAGCAUCGCGGUGGGAGAUGUCAGCUUCUCUAGCGGUAUUCACUACUGGGAAGUGGACGUCUCUCGAAGCAUCUUCUACCGCGUGGGCGUGGCGUCCGACAAGUUCCCGCGAGACCAGGCGCUGGGCGAGAACGAGACGUCGUGGUGCGUGGACCGGUACCUGCACGAGUACUCGGCGCUGCACGCGGGGGUGGUGAUACAGCUCUCACUGCCGCCCGUGCAGAACAGGGUUGGCGUGUUGCUGAACUACACAGGCGGCACGCUGUCCUUCUACAACCCCAUGAAGAAGGAACACAUCUACACGUUCCACGCCAAGUUCGAGGACCCGGUCCGACCCGCCUUCGACGUGGGGAAGGGAGAAGUCACCGUGUACACCGGGCUCGCGCUGCCAACAUAUGUCUGCAAAGGGAGUUAAAUAUAAGAUAGUAGAUUACUCUUCCAUGAGUGAGAGAGAGAUCGGCAAAAGACCUUGCACUAAUGGAUAUAGGUUUAGAUUUCUCAUAAGCUAAAGGGCACAACCCGCCGUACGUGCAAUUUAUCUGUACGUUUUGGAG